AUGGUCAAAGUGUUGCGUGCCGUGCUCUUAAGUGCUGCUGCCGCCGCUUCGUUUGCCAAUGCUGCGGGUCCGUACGAGUACAAGACCGUCGACGUGGACUAUGGGAUGGACGAGAACGAAGACAUGCCACGCAGUGUCAUCAUGAUGAUCCCGGACGGCACGGGGCCGAACGUCUUCACUCUUGCACGGACUGUGCUCGACCCGACGCUCAAGACCCGUCUUCACCUCGACCCGCACCUCAUGGGAACGGUCCAGACGCACUCGACCACGAGCUACAUCACCGACUCGGCCGCGGCUGCAACUGCUUAUGCGACGGGUUACAAGACGUACGAUGCCGCGAUUGCGGUGGACCCACAUCGACAGCCACUUGGGACGGUGCUCGAGGCCGCCAAAGCUCGUGGUAUGGUGACCGGCAUGAUCGUGACGUGUCGCGUCACUCACGCGACGCCCGCAUCUUUUGCUUCCCACGUCGUGGAGCGAGACUGGGAGGACGACAUUGCUGCACAGUACGUUGCGAACAAGAACCUCGACUUCUUGUUGGGCGGUGGCAGGAAGCAUUUCAACGAGUCGAUGCUGGCCGACCUCACGUCAAAUGGCUACACGGUGGCCAGCAACUACCAGGAUUUGGUCGACUACCAGGCUGCACAUGCCGACACAGGUGCUCUUCGGUUGUUUGGUCUCUUCAAAGACGACCACAUGUCGUUCGAGGUUGACCGGCUGCGGACGAAGGCCACGAACGAGACGACUGCUCGGGAACCGAGUCUUCCAGAGAUGACGGAGAUCAUCCUGAGUCUUUUGCGCAACAACGAGCAGGCGAAGAAGCAUGGCUACUUCGUGAUGAUCGAAGGCUCGCGCGUGGACCACGCUGGUCACUUGCACGACCCGGGCACAAUGGCAAAGGAUGCAAUCGCCUUUGACGAGUCUGUGGCUGUGGUGCUGGAACACUUGGAGCAGAGUCCGAACACGGCUAUGCUAUCUGCUUCUGACCACGGUACCGGUGGUCUCACCCUGGGACGUGGCCCUGCUGUCCCGUACGCAUGGUACCCGACUGAGCUGCAGCUGCAGAUGAUGUCGGCAGAAGCCAUGCAAGAACAGCUGGAAGGUGUUCUCGAAGGGGGCGACUGUGUUGCAGGAGCCAACGAUACGUGCAAAGCGGCUCUGCUCACCUCGUCCAAGUCGCUCCUCUUUGGCUUUACGAACGUGACAUCGGUUGUCGACGCAGACGUGGUCGAGCUGGUGGCGGAGAUUGCGACGGCUGUUGACACAACGCGUGACUUGGAACCUGUCGCAGUUGCGCUGGGCCACGUGAUCAGCCUGCGCGCAGCCGUUGACUGGACGACGACUGGCCACGUGGGCACGGACGUGAAUUUGUACUGCAAGGGCCCGCAGGUCUUUGAGCGCAUGUGCAAGGGCGUUCACCAGAACACGUACCUGAACCGAGUGAUGACGAUGUUUUUGGGAUUGGAGCACCACCAAGAGCUCGAGACGAUGAAGCACCGCAACAUCACGGUACUGGAGACGCCAACCGCGUUCAUGCCGUGA